CCACCAAUCAGAGGGCACCACAGCCAGCAGCGAGCAGCAGCAGCGUCCCCCUGCUCCUCCGUGCAGCCACUGCUGGGUCCGACUUCGUCUGGCGACAACGGCGAUCGGGGGGGUUGUUUUGAUUAAAGUUGACGGAUUUUUUUUUGUGGUGGUCUUCUUUUCUACUCCGGUUCCGUUGCUGUGAAAACCCAGGAUGUUUGUCGUGCUCCCUGCGUGUUCAACAGUCGGCUCCUCUUCACUUCCCCGAAGGAGCAACAAACUUGGGAAUAACCGAUUUUAGGAGCAACUUCUCCAACUGCCUUACUAGUCUACGGGCUGACCUAUGCUAAGCUAACCCGCUAGCCAAUGCCGUUUAAAUUCCUCCCAAAAGUUCACAGACGAGCAAGAGAACUUCACACCAAGGGAUCCGGCGACUCGAUGAUAUUUACCGGCGACUUUCAAAGAGAAACCUGUCCCUCGGAGCCUCGCCUCAGUGUAUCAGACCGGACGGUGCAGGUGCACCUCUUGCGGCACCUGCGAAAACUUGUUAACUUAGCUCCAUCGGUGGAGAGCUAACUUUAGCCUGCUCACGUUAGCGUUUAGAAAGUUGUUGACUGGCGUUAAAAUUACUCUCGUCGCAGAGGUUGUUUAAUUAUUCCGAUUUAAGACAUUAAUUUCCGACAUUAUUGCUAUUUAACAGUCAGCCCAUACAGUGGUGACACUAGCUAAAAGUGUGUCGGCUAACCGUAGCCAGCAGCCUCGCUGGCUAGUGACUGACCCUCAUACAGUUUCACCGGAGUGGCGACGUGGAUAACGUUACGGGCUGAAGACGCUCUCCCUCCCUACCACAGGACUUUGGACACGGUUUGACUCUGAAGGGAAACCGCGCUCUGUUCUCAACAGCUAGUCUCUUACAUGUGACAGCAUGAGGAUUUCAAGAAGUUACCUUUUACGGUUUUAAAGUUUCCAUUUUGUUCUAAACGCUCUGCACCCUAUGGUGCCGCUACGGCCACCGAGAAAUGAAUGUCUCGCAGGCCGCUUUCCCAAACGGUGAAGGGCGGUCGGGCGGCGGUGGGACCGGGGAGCAUGCGUGGACAGAGUCCCCCUCGGUUCGGGCAUGGGCUCACUCUGCCCCGCUUUGCCAGACUCGGUCCCUGUGGACAGCCGCGUAUGACUACGAGGCAAGCGGCGAGGACGAGCUCAGCCUCAGGCGAGGGGACGUGGUGGAGGUGCUGUCCAAGGACGCAGCGAUCUCCGGGGACGAGGGCUGGUGGACGGGUAAAAUCAACCACCGGGUCGGGAUUUUCCCCUCCAACUAUGUCACCUACCAGCCUGCUAUUUACCGUCUCCCCGCAACGAGUGGGUCGGUGGGGGUACCAGAGCGAGUCCCGAGCUCGCCCGUCCAGAUCCCCUUCAGUGAACUGGUGCUGGAGGAGAUCAUAGGCGUGGGUGGAUUUGGCAAAGUCUACCGGGGCACAUGGAAAGAUCAGGAGGUGGCAGUGAAGGCGGCUCGGCAAGACCCGGACGAGGACAUAACAGCCACCGCCGGCGGUGUUAAACAAGAGGCGAAACUGUUCUCCAUGCUGCAGCACCCCAACAUUAUCAAACUGGAGGGUGUGUGUUUGGAGGAGCCCAACCUGUGCCUGGUCAUGGAGUAUGCCCGAGGCGGGACACUGAACCGGGCGUUGACCGGAAGGCGCAUCCCUCCACACAUCCUGGUCAACUGGGCCGUGCAGAUUGCACGAGGGAUGCACUACUUACACGAGGAGGCCGUGGUACCCAUCAUCCACCGUGACCUGAAGUCCAGCAACAUUUUAUUACUUGAAAAGAUUGAGAAUGACGACAUCGGGAGGAAGACCUUGAAAAUCACAGAUUUCGGCCUGGCCAGGGAGUGGCACAAAACCACGAAAAUGUCAGCAGCAGGCACCUACUCCUGGAUGGCCCCUGAAGUCAUCAAGUCAUCUCUGUUCUCCAAAGGCAGUGAUGUCUGGGGCUAUGGUGUGUUGCUGUGGGAGCUGUUAACAGGGGAGGUGCCAUAUCGUGGGAUAGACGGUCUGGCUGUUGCUUACGGUGUCGCAGUCAAUAAGUUAACUCUACCAAUCCCCUCCACCUGCCCUGAACCCUUCGCCAAGCUCAUGGAAGAGUGUUGGGACCAGGACCCCCACGUGCGUCCCUCCUUCUCCUGCAUCCUGGAGCAGCUGUCCGCCAUCGAGGAGGCAGUGAUGGCCACCAUGCCCCAGGACUCCUUCCACAGCAUGCAGGAUGACUGGCGUGUGGAGAUCCAGGAGAUGUUUGAUGAGCUCAGGACCAAAGAGAAGGAGCUACGUUCCAGAGAAGAGGAGCUGACGCGGGCCGCCCUCCAGCAGAAGUCUCAGGAGGAGCUGCUGAAGCGUCGCGAGCAGCAGCUGGCAGAGCGGGAGAUCAACGUGCUGGAGAGAGAGCUCAACAUCCUCAUUUUCCAGCUCAACAAAGACAAGCCCAAUGUGAAGAAGAGGAAAGGCAAAUUCAAACGGUCCCGCCUUAAACUGAAGGACGGAAACCGCAUCAGCCUGCCCUCAGACUUCCAGCACAAGAUCACUGUGCAGGCAUCACCUUCCAUGGACAAGAGGAGAAGCCUUCACAGCACCAGCUCCUCUCCUCCCAGCAGCCCCACACUCAUCCCGCGACUACGAGCCAUUCAGCCGACGUCCUAUAUGCAGAGCUUGCAUGUUUACGAACAGGAUGUUGAUCUGACCAGCGAGCUCACAGCCCACUGUGGGCUCAGGAAGAAAGUAACUCAAGAUGAAAGCAACCGUACGUGGGGCCGCAGCUCCCUCUUCAGGCCAGAGGAGUUUGAUGAUGUGAAAAAGGGAAUCAAGAAGAAAGGAAGGACCUGGGGCCCCAGUUCAGUACAGAGCAAAGAGCGGCCUGCGGCUGCUGAGAGAGUGCGACCUCUGUCAGACGGCAGCAACCCCUGGUCCACCAGCCUGGUCAAGUCCCAGAAGUCUGUCCCCCUCGCUGCCCUGUUUGCUGAACAAGCAGGGGCCGGAAAAGACGAAGCAUUCUCGCAGGAAUGUCCUGACAACAGCUCCAAGCCAAAGCAGCUCAAGUUCCCCAACCAGGUGUACAUCGAUCUACCUCUGUGGAGGGACGAGCAGCAGCAGCCUCAGAGCCCUGGUGGGCACUGUGGGCCGGGAGAUGCCGGGGUCGGGGCCGGCGGUCUGGGUGGUCCACCAGAGACCACAGACGACCCCUACACCACCACAUCCACCUCAUCCACCUCCACCACCCCGCAGCUCACCCCCACUAAUAGCCUGAAGCGGACGUCAGCUCGACGCAAGACCGACUCCGUUUUGUACGGCUGCGGCUCGCUGCUGGCGUCAGUCGUGCUCGGAUACGACAUCAGGGAGGCCCUCAAAAACUCGGCCCCUGGGGAAGAAGGCGAGCCCCAGCGUGAGGAGAAAGAGAAGAAAAAGAAGGAGGGCCUGUUUCAGCGUGCGACCCGGUUUCGCCGCAGCACCUCACCGCCAAGUGGCGGCCGCUCGCGCAAAGACGAGGCAUCGCCAAACCAGACUUCCACCCAGCCUGUCAAUCUCAUCUCCAUGUCGGCCAUUAUGGAAUGCAACUCCACCAAGUGUCUCUUACAGUCUGAGGUGGAGGUGUCAGAGUCCAGCCCAGGGAAGGCGGAGCUUGUGGCAGUCAAUCAUUAUGCAGACCCAACCAGACAUGGACCAGCAGCUUCUACAGAAAGCCAGAGUAACAAGACUGCAGCUAACACACAGACACCAGUGCAAACCCAAAGCCAGCCACCGGAGCAGAGCAACCACAACACAGGAACACGUCUACGCAGGAAGAAAUACACCACCAACCACAACACCAAUGGCCCAACCACUCUGCCCCCUCCGGCCUCACAGAAGAAGCAGGACAAAGAGAAGGAUGGGGUGUCAGAGAAGCUGUCGAGUGGGGAGGCCUUCUCCAGACCUCGGCCAGUUUCGUUCCGGGCCAAGCCCCACGCCUGGGCCCUGCUCCGAGGACGCAACAAGAGCUACUCCCUGGGCCACUACUCCGGAGAGAAGACGGCACAAAACCUGAACGUGGUGCUGUCCUCGGAGGUGGGGAUGGGCUGCUCCCUGCUGGACAUGGACACAGAGGGCCAGAAACGAGACUGCACUGUGCCACUGUGCCGCAUUCAGAGCUCCCCGGCGCGGGCCUCCGUCUUUGAGCUGGAGAAAGAGUUCCUCUCUUGAAAGGUGAUGAUCAGCUGUGGGCAUCCUACGUAAUGAGAGUGCCAGAACAGACAGACAGACAAUUUUUUUGGCCUAAAACUCCUGGAGGGUUUAGAACUAGGCUGCCUUCCCUCCCCCCAGUUCUAUAACAUAGAACCCAGCUUUGUCUUAGCCCUAGAGCAUGUCCGUGUUCUAGAGCGUAACAAGUCUGAGACUUCUAGACGACAUCGACAAUACUCACCUCAGUUCGAGGACAGUCUUCCUACGUGAGGCCUUACACACUGCCUUAUCUUCAUGUAGAACACACACACAGUUCUGACAGUGAAGCAGAACAUUACAGAGUUGGACCAGCAGCUCCUCCUCUCACCCCUCGGUGCUCGACUGCCACCUCUGUUUGCUCAUCCCUCUCUCUCACCCUCUUCGUUUCUCGUUCUGUUGGUGCAGCUCAACGUUGACCGCUGCUGCAGCUUUCGCAACACAGUACCCUCACCUUUUUAUUUAUAUAUAUAUUUUUAUAGGUAAUUUAAUAUGAAGAGACUUGACCUUACCUUAGCCACCAGCAGGACAUACAUUCCAUGUCAGUUUCAAAGUUGUGCGAUCACGCUUUUUAGAUAUUUUUGACUUGAGAAUCAUGCAUGCAUGUACCCUUAAAAUGUUGAACAAAAAAAAAUAAUUAUGCCUUGUUUGUAAAUAUUUCUUCCUAUUCAUUAUCAGCCUAACGCUGGCAGUUGUUUUGUAUUGCAUUUAUGCUGUUUUAUGACUGUUUUAAAAGUCAGCGAUGCUGCAGUACAGUUUGUAUUCGAGGGACAGGUUACAUACUGGAUCGCUGCAGGGAUGCAAGUGCAUUUCCUCCCAGAAUGCCCUGAAGAUUUUAGAGAUGCAGGUAGAAAACACUGGAAGUCCUACUGAGCAAACAUGGAAUCUUUUCUCCUAAACGUUGGAUUCAAUUUUAAAUGACCAUUGUGGUCAUGGGUUACUAAAAUGGAGUAUUUAUAGAAGCAGUUUUUGUUUUGUUUUUUUUUUGUUAAUAUUUCUCAUACUCGGCACGCUGCAGCAACAAGCCAAUUGGCAGAAGAAAUGUUGGGAUGUAGGUUUCUGCAAACCACAGCCAUGUUGCAACUUUAUGCUUCUUUAUGCUCAAUUCUCAAUGUUCCUGUGGUCUAACAAGUGGUUUAGGCACAGAAACCAUUUGGUUAGGGUUACAAAAAGAUCAGUUAGUUGCCCCUAAACCGGGAAAAAUGUCCCAACGUCUUGUUAAAAAAUGUUCUGUAUUUUAGUUUACAAAUGUCGAAACUGUGGGCCAGUAUGGUACGUAUGAUGCGUACAAAUGCAGGCAAUCCGCGGUUUGCAGAAACAAAGUGCUGCCAUUUCUGGCGACUGGGCUGGCAGCAAACUGGGGAGACACUUCAGCCACACAUGUUCAUGUCAGGAAAAGCAGUCCCUAAAAAAUGAAUUUGUGAUCCAGUCCCCCUGAAGACUGAUCGGCUGGAACUGCAUCGACACAGCAUAAUUUCAGAUUUAAGUCAUGAAAGGAUUUCUACGCAGCCCAGGAGUGACCACACAGAGAAUUUUUAUAAUUAGUCUUUAGUGCACAAAACAUCUCUCCUGUAAACCAGAUGCAGCCUGUGCUGUCAAGUGCAAAAGUGUCUUCACUUUCAUGUCUAAUUCAUGUCCUCAGUUUUAUUAUCGGGCACAACAUUUUGCAAUUGAUGCAAAUAAUUUUUUAAAGCUCAACUUUGACUUGGUGACUCUGCAUCUCAGAUUUCCCCCUUAUUUCCAUUACUAGUUAAAUAUAACAUCACUGUUCGGUCAAUUGGUUUUUCAGUUAAUUUUGUUGUUUUUAAUUUAUAUAGACCGAAUCACAUUGUUUACAACAACUAACAUUAGGUAGGAGAAAUACU